AUGGAGCUACCCGGCGGAGAGCACGUCUUUGCGGUGGAGAGCAUCGAGAAGAAGCGGAGCAGAAAGGGGAGGAUCGAAUACCUGGUCAAGUGGCGAGGAUGGUCUCCGAAAUACAACACUUGGGAACCAGAGGAAAACAUCCUGGAUCCAAGACUCCUCGAUGCUUUCCAGGACAGGGAAAGACAAGAGCAGCUGAUGGGAUAUCGCAAGAGAGGGCCAAAGCCUAAACACCUCUUGGUUCAGGUCCCCUCCUUCGCCCGGAGAUCCAGCAUUCUGUCUGAUCUUCGCGAUGCGACACUCGAUGAGGACAACUGUCAGAAGGCUAGUGCCAUCCAGAUGCUGCGAUCCCAGGGUCAGCAGUACCAGCUGAACAGCAAGAAGCACCACCAGUACCAGCCCCUGUGCAAGGAGCGUGAGGCUGAGCAGCAGGUCAAUGGCAAGAAAAAGUUCUACUACCAGCUCAACAGCAAGAAGCAUCAUCACUAUCAACCAGACCUCAGGAUGUACGAGGCCCCAUUCACCAAGCCCGGGGAAGCUAAAGCUCCAGAGGUGGCUAACCGGGGUUGGAACCUUCCCCCAGCACUGCAGCAAAAGUGGGUGCGGGACAAAGACUCAGGCUGCCUGACCAAAGUCAAGGAUAUCACCAUGGAGCUGAAGAAGCUGCCGGCAGAUCUCAAUGGACACAAAGAACCAGAGACGGUGACACUUCCUGCUAAAGAGGAUGCUGUGCCACUGCCCAACAGUGUCAGCAGCAGCAAGCUAAAGAUAGUCAAGAACAAAAACAAAAAUGGACGGAUCGUUAUUGUCAUGAGCAAGUACAUGGAGAAUGGAAUGCAGGCAGCUAGAAUCAAGAACGGGGGAGACAGCGCACCGGCGGACAAAGACAACAGUAUGGAAAACCACCUUGAAAAGAUGAAGCUUGUAAAGAAGCUCGGUCUCAUGAAUGGCUUUGCUAAAAGCACCACUAUUGACAAAGCAGAUGUUCCUCCCUCUGGAUGUAAUGGACAUUGCUCUAUAGAGACAGAGCAUGCUCCCAAAAUGGAGCAAGCUGUGACAGAACAAGGUCAACAUGGAGAUAUCAGGGGUCAAAAGCAGCUGCAAGCAGAUCAGCCAUUACAAUUGACAACCAAGGCUAAUCUGGUCUCUCCGCCUUUGGAUAGGGGGUUUUGCCUCCAAUUAGAGAACAGAGAAAGUCAAGGUGGCUUUUCAGGACUCAAACGACACCUCUCAGAAUCUGACAAUGGGGACCAUGAUCACGGUAAGAGGUUUUUGAGCUCCAGGAGCAUCAGUGCUCCUAACGCGGCAUCUUCACCGACUCAAAGCAUCAGCAUAGUCCAAAAUGGCCACCAGACUCAACCUGGACACCAGGACUAUGAGUAUUCUGACCAAGAGGAACCAAUAGACUUAAGCAUGGUCAAGUGCCGAUCUAAAACUGUGGCCCAGACAGAAACACAAACACAGGCUGAGGAACAAACAAAAGCACAGGCUGAAACACAAGAACUCACGCAGGAGGAAAACGUGGAGGAAACGACAACUUCAAACACCGAACUAAGGAAAGAGGAGCCUUUUCCGUCUUUCAAGCCAUUCCUUGGGAAUAUAGUCAUCACAGACAUUACCACAAACUGUCUCACGGUGACAUUCAAGGAAUAUGUAACCGUGUAAAGUCUGUAUGUAGAAAUGUACACAAAACAAAACGGAUAUUUUCAGAUGCUUGAAUGUGCAAAAGAACCUGUGUGUGUGUGUGUGUGUGUGUG